GUCGCUCCCAGCACAGUGCACGCUCUCUUCAUAUUGACUUUCCCUUUCCCUUUCUCGCUUUUGAAUACUCCUUCGCAGACCUUUCCUCGGCCUUUUCACCGUUUGUGCCUGGCGUGGCUAUUUGACACCUCGUGGCCAUUGGCGUGGAGUUGCGCUGUCGAAUUGGGGACCUUCUGUGCAGAGCUCAACUGCGUUUCGAGCGAGCGUUGCGGCUUUUAAACAAGCACGAGAAAAACAAGAUCCAAGGGAAAGAGCCACCAAACGGAGCAUUCCGGUUUUUUCUUCUUCCCUGCGCACUAAUUCGGUGGCUUUAUUCGCCUUUGCUGUCAUUUGCCCUGUUCUACUGCUUAAUAAUAAUACCAAAAAGCUUUCCCCGUUUUUCCUUCCUGCUGAUCUCUCUGUGUUCACGUACGCCCUGCUGAUGAUGCAGAGAUGCGUGUGCAGUAUCGCCUAUCAGGAUCGCAUGUGCUGCACCACACCAUGUCGUCCGCCUGCUCUGCCCCUCACACCUAUUUGCUGCGUGUACAACACUCUCUGCCCGGCCGCGCCUUUUCUUGCCGAUUGAUUUCUCCCUUCCUCGCUGCACCACGCUACGGCAGCACGCCAUCCGUGUUGAGUUGCGCGUGCCGACGCAUGAGCAGUGGGCCUUCGCAAGGGCCACCACAGUUCCCAAGCGGGAAACCGGCCAGCGCCUUCACAGUGAACGAUGUGAAGGAGUCGCUGGACACGCCGGAGUGGGUGUCGACGCCAAAGCAAAACGGUGAAAAACGCAUGUCGGUGUCCAUUCGCAGUGGGGCGCAGCGACGACGUGCACGGCGGCCACCGAGCGCGCCACCGCACUCCCCAUCGCCACCACCACUACCGCCGCCGACUUCUUCGAUUCAUCCGUCUUCCAUAACGCAGCCGGCAGCGCAAGGUACCGCCCAACCAACAAAGACCGACGUUCCGCGCAGUCCCUCUGGAUCGUCCGCAAACGUGAAAUUACGUCCAGCGGCAGACGCGCGAGCAACGGCUUCUUCUGCGUCGCCGUCUCCGUCUGCCGCCUCUCUCUCCGAUUCAGGGCGCAACACGAGGGACCCGAAUCACCAUCACGACGUCGCUCCACCACCGGCGGAGACUCCAUCCACGUACAUCUCCAAAACGGAUGAGGGAUAUCCGGAGAGGUUCUCCUCACAACGAAACGCAAGUGCUGCAGCUGCUUCUGAUGUCGCCUCAUCGCACCCGCUGCUCUACUCCGUUUCUCGCUUCACCGAGCCGGUCAAGCGAAUUAUUCUCAUCCGCAACGGUCGCAGUGAGGCGAACGAGGACGUCGCCGCCUACGUGCACACCCCCGACUGGCGCAUCCCUCUCGUCGAGGAGGGCAAGCACGAGUCCAUCGCGGCUGGCCGUGCGUUGAGUGAGCUGAUCGGCAACGACCCGGUGUACUUCUACUACUCGCCCUACAUCCGCUCUCGGCAGUCCCUGCGCUACGUCUUGCAAGGCUACGACGAGGCGCGGCUGAGUGGACGAUCGCGUACGCGGGAGUGGUGGGAGGAUGAGGAAGGUGAAGAGGCUGACGUCAGCUUCGCGCCGUUCCCGGAGACGCGGGGCGCACUGGAUGAGCUGCCAUUGGAACGGGCAGGGGCGGCGACCACCUCCACCGAGACGGCCGGCUUUCGGGGCGGCGAGGUGGGUGAUGCCGUGCCCACCGCCUCCACGUCCCACACCGCGCCUGCCACCUUUCUGCAGAAGGACGCGUCCCUUGUUUUGAACCGCGACACGAGUGACAGCAUCAUUGGCGUGCGCGAGGACGUCCGCCUGCGCGACGGCGACAUUGGGCGCUACACCACCGUUGAGGAGCUCAUGCACCAUCUGUUGGAGCGUGAGCGGUACGGUAAGUUCUUCUACCGCUUCCCGUACGGCGAGAGCGGCGCCGACGUGUGCGACCGUGUCACGUCCUUUCUUGACGCUUUCCAGCGCGAGCGAGUGGAGUUUCCAAUGAACACGAACGUGGUCAUCAUUACGCAUGGACUGACGAUGCGCAUGUUCAUCAAGCGGUGGUUUCACUUAACGGUGGACACCUUCCACCGCAUGCGGUCGCCCCCGCCCGGCUCGCUGUGCACGUUAACCCGGCUGCACCACCGCAGCUGUUUCCGGCUGGACGAGAGCUGCGUGGAGUCCAUGCAUUUGCCGCUGUCGUUGAACGAGUACAACGGGUAUAAGUAUCGGAACAAGCAGCUGCUCGGCUCCAUGAGCUCCGGGGCACCGUACAUGUAA